CGUCGCCCGACCCGUUGCCCAGGCAACGAACCGGGAAACGCGGGCGUUGGUGAAGCGAAGCCCGGGAACAUUGAGGCAGGACGGGCCCGGCUUGGUUGGCGCUUGCAAGAGCUCGAGUUGGGGCGUUCUUCGGAAACUCCGGAACACAGAGAAACAUGGCUCUCCCCACGCUGCCCUCUUUGUGGUGCAGCCAGAGGCUCCUGGAUCAGCAGACAGCACGACAGCGACACCGAGAGAAGGAAGCUCAGAUUCGGCAGCAGUGGGAUCAGAACAGCCGCUACUUCAGGAUGUCUGACAUCUGCAGUGUCAAACAAGCAGAAUGGAGUUCUAAGAACUCCUAUCAGCAAAGCAUGCAUGCCUAUCAGCGUGAGAAGAUGAAGGAGGAGCAUAGGAAGCGUCUGGAGGCCAGACGGGAGAGGCUCCAGCAGCUUCUGCUGGAAGAGCAGGACCUGCUGGCCAGAGAACUGGAGGGGCUGAGGCUGAGCAUGGACUUGCGGGAAAGAAGAAUCCGGGAGCAGCGUGGGAAUUUGAAGUCGGCCCGAGAAGAGCAAAGGAAGCUGAUUGCUGAACAACUUCUGUAUGAACACUGGAAGAAGAACAACCCCAAACUUCGAGAGAUUGAAUUGGACCUUCACAAGAAGCACGUGAUAAACUCUUGGGAAACUCAGAAAGAAGAAAAAAAACAGCAAGAAGCCACUGAAGGGGAAGAGAAAAAACGGUACGAAAACGAAUACGAAAUAGCCCGGAGGGAAGCUCUGGAACGGAUGAAAGCCGAAGAGGAAAGGAGGAAACUGGCAGACAGGCUCCAGGCUGAGGCACUACUCCAGCAGAUGGAGGAGCUGAAGCUGAAGGAGGUGGAGGCCGCCAGACUGAAGGAGGAGCAAGAGAACCUGCUGAAGCAGCAGUGGGAGCUGGAGAGGCUGGAGGAAGAGAGGAAGCGGAUGGCGGCCUUCCGGCAGAAGGCAGAGCUGGGACGCUUUCUAAGACAUCAAUAUAACGCGCAACUCAACAGACGGACACAGCAGAUCCAAGAGGAGCUGGAGGCGGACAAGCGCAUCCUGCAGGCGCUGCUCAAGGCGGAGGAGGAGAACCAGCGCACACACUUGGCCAGGCGGGAGCAGGCCCUGGCUGAUGUGGAGUGGAUGCAGCAGGUCGUGGAGGAGCAGCUGCAGCUGGAGAGGGCACGGGAGGUGGAGCUGCAGACGCUGUGGAGGGAGGAAGCCAAGGAAAUGUGGGAGAAGAGAGAGGCCGAGUGGGCCCGGGAGAGGAGCGCACGGGACCGACUGAUGAGCGAGGUCCUGACGGGGAGACAACUACAAAUACAAGAGAAGAUUGAACAAAACCGGCAGGCUCGAGAAGAAUCCCUAAGACACAGGGAGCAACUUAUUCAGAAUCUUAAGGAGGCAAGAGAGUCGGCUCGACGUGAGAAAGAGGAGAGUGAAGAACUGAAAUCAGCCAGGAAACAGGAGCUGGAGGCCCAGGUUGCAGAGCGCCAGCUGCAGGCGUGGGAAGCCGACCAGCAGCAGGAGAAGGAAGAGGAGGCGGCAAGGCAGGCGGAGCAGCUCACAGAUGCCUUGCUGCAGCAGGAGGCGAAGAGGAUGGCUGAGCGGGGCUACCGGCCCCAGCCUUAUGGACAUCCCAGAAUUGCUUGGAACUGACUUCCCUGGGACUAUAAGCACAGACAGCAAGAUGCUGAGGUCUUCACUAUGCAGUCGCCAGACAGUUCUACAAUGUUCUUUUCUAGUGUUCGCGUCACUGUGAAAUAGUUCAUCGAGUCUGUUCAGGUCCAUGAUUCAGCGGAGCGAGGGGCUGGCCAUACUUUACAGUGCUGUGGCUUUGCAGCAUCCAGCAGGAGCCCCUAUCCCGCCUUUCUCAUCCAAGAAAGGGGUUUUUACAGUCACGCGUUGACAGUCCUGUCACAGUCUUGUAAUAUAUCUAAAAAUAAUGUAAGAGUCUAAAUCAGUGCUAGGAGCUACAAGUUGUGUCCACGAUAGGAUAUCUGCUUUCCUGUUGUCUUACCCUAACUGUCAACCUCUGGUGAAGACUCCAGCUGGAGAUAGGAGGGAAGUUUUUCCAUUUUUAAAAUGCCAUUGUAGAGAUUAAUCUAGAACUGUGGUACACUGAUGCACAGUGGGAAGACACAUUUUUGGCUGAUCUUUUGGAUCUGAUCUUGUUUCUUCAGGUUUGGGUUAAAUUUAAAUUUAAAUUUAACUCUUCUGUUGAAAACAAACUCAAGUCUUGGUUCAGCUUAUUUCAGGGUUUAUUAAUUAUGGUCCCAAAAGGAUCACAGCUUGUUUUCUGGAUGGAAAGAACUGUGAUCCCUAAGACAAUCUGCUGUGGUCCAUGGAUGCUUUCUGGAAGCGUGGUGAGAAAUGUGUCUUUCCUCUUUUAAGAGGCAUUUCAGUAGACUUUCCAGGAGAGCGCUGUGUGGUAAGGGAGUGAUCCCAACAUAUGUUACUGAGCCUCAAAAGGUCACCUGGUUGGCUGACUUUUUGACAUGGCACUUUGGACUGCUAGUGUCUCAGGAAGGCCUCAGCUCCAUGCAGCCUUCUGGGAUUUAUGUGCCAGAGGAAGGGCCACUGAACCUGAAGAAACUAGAUCAGCUUCAACCACAGAUCAGCCAAAAACUUCUCUUCCCAGUGUUAUAUCAAUGUGACGUAGUCCUAGAUUAAUCUCUACAAAGAGCUUCAAGUCCCUUACAGCAAUAAUAAUAUUUUAUGACUUGUAUUUUUUUCAUAUUCUUCCUAUUAGGUUUCAGUUUUCAUUAUAUUGUGUUCCAGAUUGGGUAUCUUGGUAAAUUAUAGCUAAUUACAAGACUAUGUUCCAGGUUAUUAAAAACCAGAGUUUAUUAAAAAAAUCUUGAGUCUAAGGGCUGCAAUGCCUUUCACUUCCAUUGUGCUAUAAAAAGAAAUUGAGCAGCAAACUGUAUCCUUAAUCUGUUUUCCAUUUUCUUGUCUUGAAUUUCUUGGCCAUGCUUUCCUGAGCUUCCAUUUCAUUAUGCAUGCUCAUAUUUACUUUCCCUGUUUCAGAUGUUCAUCAAUUGUGAAAUAAAGUUAUGGUUUGAUGG